AUGCCCGCGCGCCCCGGACGCCUCCUCUCGACGCUGCCCCGGCUGCUGGCUCCGGCCGCGCUGCUGCUGCUGCUGUCUGGCCAUGGCGGCGGCGGGCGCUGGGGCGCCAGGGCCCAGGAGCCGGGCACGGAGGCGGAUGAGCCCCCCGCGGCGGACGGCGGGGACAGGCAGGACCCGCACUCCAAGCACCUGUACACGGCCGACAUGUUCACGCACGGGAUCCAGAGCGCCGCGCACUUCGUCAUGUUCUUCGCGCCCUGGUGUGGGCACUGCCAGCGGCUGCAGCCUACUUGGAACGAACUGGGAGAUAAGUACAACAGCAUGGAAGACGCCAAAGUCUACGUGGCUAAAGUGGACUGCACGGCCGACUCAGACGUGUGCUCCGCCCAGGGCGUCCGAGGAUACCCCACCUUGAAGUUUUUCAAGCCUGGCCAAGAAGCGGUGAAAUACCAAGGUCCCCGGGACUUCCAGGCCCUGGAACACUGGAUGCUGCAGACGCUGAACCAGGAGCCUGCGACACCGGCCCCCGAAGCAGAGCCGCCCAGACCCCCCGAGCGGAAGCAGGGGCUGUAUGAGCUCUCAGCGAGCAACUUCGAGCUGCACGUCACACAAGGCGACCACUUCAUCAAGUUCUUCGCUCCGUGGUGUGGGCACUGCAAGGCUCUGGCUCCAACCUGGGAGCAGCUGGCUCUGGGCCUCGAACAUUCCGAAACCGUCAAGAUUGGCAAGGUGGACUGCACACAGCACCAUGAGCUCUGCUCAGGAAACCAGGUCCGUGGCUACCCCACGCUGCUGUGGUUCCGGGACGGGAAGAAGAUCGACCAGUACAAAGGAAAGCGGGACCUGGACUCCCUGAGAGAAUAUGUGGAAUCCCAGCUCCAGAGUGUGGAAGGAGGCGCCCCGGAGACCGCCCAGCCCUCCGAGGCUCCCGUGCCACCCAAGGCCGAUGAGGGCACCGUGUUGGCACUCACCGAGAGGAACUUCGACGACACCGUCGCGGAAGGAAUAACCUUCAUCAAGUUUUAUGCUCCGUGGUGUGGCCACUGUAAGAAUCUGGCUCCCACCUGGGAAGAACUCUCCAGAAGGGAAUUCCCCGGGCUGGCCGAGGUCAAGAUCGCUGAAGUGGACUGUACCGCCGAGCGCAGUGUUUGCAGCAAGUACUCGGUGCGAGGCUAUCCCACAUUGCUGCUUUUCCGCGGAGGGAAGCAGGUCGGCGAGCACAGCGGGGGCCGAGACCUGGAAUCCUUGCACCACUUUGUUCUGCGCCAGGUGAAGGACGAACUAUAGACACGCAGGUGGCCCCUGGACCGGGUGGAGGGGCCGAGGCUGCGGACGUGGAGUUGCAGGUGGUGGUGGUUCGGAAGGCUGAGCUCCUGAACUUAUGGUAUCUUCUUUGUGUGUGUUUUUAAGCCCACACACCCUACAGGUUCUUAUUAAGUUUCUCUAAGUAAAUAUGAUCCCUUUGCAAACUAAAUAUUUUCAGUGGAAAUCUAUCAUCCCCUUUAACCUUCUCUUGAUGGAAUCUAAAUGGUUUUCUCUGAGACUAAAAUAGAGUUGAGGAAAAUCAAAUCGCUGGACUAUUUUUGGCUCCUGAGUGAUUUUGGUGACAGCAUCGUCCAAAGCAUAGUUCUGAACUGCCCACGAGUCUGGGAAGGUGGCCCUGUGGCAGUGUCGACGCCCCUCCGGUCUCAAGGUCACAGCCGACUUACCAGCAGUGUGGCUGGUUUGUAGCUUGGAGCAGAUUUAACAACAAAAACCCCACACCUCCGAAGAUACCGUCAUGGCCACGCCUGGACUUUGUUUCUGUUACUGCUUCUCCCACUGGGGGAGGUUUUCCAUCACGGAAGCUGUGGGACUUCUGACAUGUGCCUGAGUAAGAUACGCCGUUGCCAUAAUCCUGUGUCGAUGUUUGUCAAAUCCGUUGUCACCGUUCCAGGGAUACUUCUGUUUGUUUCUCAUGGGCGAAAGAGUUCAUUAAUCAUGCUAACAUUAAUUCAGUCCGUGUGAAGAUUUUUAAUAUUUAAAGUCCAUAUUUAAGAUUUGAUGUCCCCCAUGGGAAUGUGGGCAUGGAAAGUUCCGUGAAGUUUGUCCUGACUGUUCUGUUAGCUCAGAAAGAUUCUGGUUGACUCUGUCACCUGGGGAGGAGGACCCGACGAGCUGCUCGGGGCCCGGGGACCAGGGGACCUGCAGUCCGCUGCAGGCCCAGACUGGACACCGUUUGUCCUCGUCAGUCCUCCUAGGGGCUCGCUCUACACCGCCCGCCUUCGCGGAGCUUGGCCCUCUGCCGUGAAGAGUGGGAUUAGCUUGACCUAAAGACCAAAGAGUGAAGUAGGCAGGGCCGAAGCAGGCUGUGUACCCUCAGUGCGCCCUUCUAAUUCAUGCCAUCCCAGGGAUUAAACAUUUCUACCGUCACCCUCGGAAAUCAGUAACCACGGGCUCCCCUAAGACAGGUGCCUGUAUGUUCUUUGCCAUCAAGUUACUUCUGAUAGGAACCCCUCUGUGUCCACCACUCUGCACCCCACCGCCCAUGCUCGGGGAUCUCGUCACUUGGCACAAAAUCACUGGUGGUACGAAUCUUAGACACAAGACCAUGUCUGCGGCCAGCGGCAGAUGACAACAGAGCAGAUCCCGACCAGCCUCUGCCUUAAAGGAAAUCUUUAUUCAUCGUGUGUGGCUCACAGGCGUUCUUUUAAAAACCCCAACUUCUGGAGAAGCACAAUCCUCGUGAGUGGCUUCAGCUUUGCAUCACGAGUCUUGUAUCGAAAGAACAAAGUGGUACAAUUUGUUUACACUAUGAUACUUUCUAAAAUAAACUUUUUUUUU